CACAGCCCGGAAUCCACCGCGGUGUCAAGGGCUUUGCAAGUCCGGGACGGAUCGUUGUGUAUCGUGAAGUCGCUGAGGAAUUUGUUGAUGCGGAUCUCCUUGCCAUCUCCAGCGUCUCUAAGAAAAUGUGCGUGCUCAUCUUCUACCUGAAUCCGUCGGAAACUUCUCCCAAAGGUUACAAACUCAUCCUAAUUAGCAUCAGGGAUGAACUUUUCGUCAGGCCUACUGCGCCUGCCCACCUGUGGAGCAAGGACCCGAACCUAAUCGGAGGAAUGGAUCUAGAGCCCGGUCGAGAGGGUGGAGCCUGGUUGAUUUUCAACAAAAACGGUCGUUUUGCUUCACUCCUGAAUAUUCUGCAAAGAGACGAAGAACUUCUCGCUGGGAAGCGAGGUCGAGGCUUCCUUGUUGUGGACUUCGCGAAAAGUAGCAGUACGAUCACGCCAGACGAGUACGCACAGAGUUUAUACAAAGAUCGCGAAAACUUCAAUGGAUUCACGUUGGUCUGCGUAGAUUUGAAACAGGCAUACGGUUCUUACUUCUGCAGCAUGGGCGACAUGGAAGUCCAGAACCUCGGAGCAGGCUAUCAUGCUUUCGGAAACAGCAUUCUGCCUCGACAGUGGCCCAAGGUAGUUGCCGGAAAGGAGAAAUUCGAAGAAGUCGUGGAGAAGAAUAAGCACGACGAGAAGCUAUUGGAGGAAGCGCUCUUCGAUUUGAUGAACGAUGAGACUAAUCAUGGGGUCGAUGAGUUUAUGCGCAAGCAGACAGACGAACCCCAAGAUCUACUGACCCUGCGAGGUGCUCUCAAAUUUUAUAUCAAAGAAUUCAACUAUGGAUCCCGGACCCAUACCGUGGUCCUGAUACGAGGAGAUGGUAGUGCCUCAUACUCGGAGAAAACCGUCGAAGACGGAAAAUGGGUCGAGAGGAGAACCGACUUUCAAUUGAAUUUGUAGGAUACGGCGAUGAGCUCUAGCUAAUUGCCGAAUGGAUGGGUCUCAUCCGACGAAUGAUUUUGCUCAUGUGAUGCCUGAUAGAACUCGCGAGAGUUAUCAGCGCUGACUUUGUGAUUGUCUGUGGAUGGCAAGAAUAUUUUCAUCCAUAAUAUUAUAGGCUCUAGAUUCUUGGACUGCUAACUUGAAAAUGAUCAUAAACAUCAAC